AUGGUUGAGCAAUAUGAAAAGAUGGAUAUGUUGAUUAAUAAAUUGGAUAGACAGGAAUGGUUCAUGAAGAAGAUGGCUCAAAUGUUGUUUGGUGAAUCUUUUGGGAAGUUUGGAGAUUUUGGAAACUACACACAUGGUACUGUUGCUGGGAAGUUUGCAAAGGCUAUUGGACCGAGUGGAGCAAAAAAUUUUGAAGUGGAAGAAGAAGAAGAAGAAGAAGAGCAUGUAGAAACUACUAAAAAAGAAAAAGAAGAAAGUAAGCUAGUUGGGGUUGAAGAAGUAGAGAAAAAUGAUGAGAAGGAAGAAACCGCAAAAGAGAAAUCAGAAGUAGAACAAGAACCUGAUAAGCAAAAAUCAAGAGAAUCCUCCUCAUCUCAUACUAAAAGCAGCAGCAGCAGUGAGAAUGGGAAAAGUGGAAGCAGAAAUGGCUUAAGACAAGAAAAGGAGAAGGAAGAUGCUGACAAAAAGAAAGAAGAGCAGCCUCAAGACCCAUCCUCUAAUCAACCAAACCCUGCUCCUAUUACCUCUCAACCAGUACCUGAAUCAUCCAUCUCUUUACCCAUGCCAUAUGGCCCUAGAAGAACCAAAGCACAAGCUAGAAAAGAGUCCUACCCAUUCCUCCAAAAAUCCAAUUAA